AUGGCCCACGUUCAGUCCACAUCGUCGGCGCGCGUCAUCACCUUCGCCGUGCUCUACUCCGCGUCAAUCUGUGCGUUGAUUCUCCCUCUCCUGCGCCCCGCUGAAGCAGUGCCCCUCUCUGAUGUGCUGUCUAAGCUCCGCCAUAAGGACCAAUUUCUCACCGGGCACCUAUCCUCCUCUGGAAUGGUGGAGUUUGCCGCGGGAUACGAGAAGGUGAACGACAUCAGCGGAGUCUCGCUUCUGCUGCCUGAAAACGACGCCUGGAAUUCUGCCCUGAUGGGCUAUCAGGGCAUGAACCCGUCCGCUACAACCGCGACGGACCCGCUUCUUGAGGCGCUCGACACAAUGGUGAAGUCCAAGGGGGCCGUGGCGAGUCUCAACGCCAUGUCUGCCAACGCCAAGAAUGCCAUGUCCCGCCUGGCCAAGUUCAUGGCGAUCCGCGAAUACAUCUCAUCCCAGGAUAUGGCAUCCGGCAAGUACAAGGACGGGCGGUUCAGCCUAAACACAUUGGUCAACCAGCCACUGUAUCUCUACGGCAACGUCACUGGUGACGGCAGUGACACGGCCUUGGAUCACGUCUUCAUUGGGACCGACUUAGGACCCAUCGAAGCCGUAAGAGCCAUUGCGACUAACUCGAGCGACCCCAUGAGCAUGCAGUUUCGGAAGUGGGGUAACGCUGGAGUGCCGAAGGCAGUGGCGCGUGUUAACCAAGCUGUUGGUGAGGGCGUGACCGGAAAAUUUCUUGGCAUCACCACGUUAUCUUCUGAUACGGAAGCGAUUGAGGUCUCUAGCGUGGUGUUCCCCGCCAACAUGGGCUCCCUCACCAGCUACGAUGCCGUGACACCGUACGGCAAAGGUGCUGGCACUUUUGCCUUGUAUGGAAACUCCAUGGCCCUGGUUCUUUCGAUGAUUGCAGCAUCCUUGAUCUAG